AACUCCAUACUGUGUCCACACACAUCAGCUGGUCAAAACAUUUUUCCAAUUGCAGUUUUUCAUUUUAUUAACUUUCCAAUAGUUCAUAGAACUGGCGGUUAAUCAUGGAGAUUCCGGAUACCUACUACAGCAAAGAUGAAUACGUGGAGACGGCCUCCGGGAACAAAGUUAGUCGCCACACGGUGCUGUGUGGAUCGCAAAACAUCGUUUUAAAUGGCAAAGUGAUCGUACAGAGCGGCGCCAUUAUACGCGGCGAUCUGGCCAACGUCCGGACGGGAAGAUUCUGUGUGAUUGGCAAGGACUCCGUCAUCCGACCGCCGUACAAACAGUUCAGCAAGGGAAUCGCCUUCUUCCCCAUGCACAUCGGGGAUCACGUCUUCGUGGGCGAAGGAGCCGUCGUCUCGGCGGCCACCAUUGGAUCCUGCGUUUACAUCGGCAAGAAUGCCAUUAUCGGUCGCCGAUGUGUCCUAAAGGACUGCUGUGUGAUCGAGGAUGGGGCGGUGCUGCCGCCAGAAACCACUGUGUCCAGCUACAUGCGCUACACGGCGAGGGGAACCAUCGAGGGCGGGCAGGGCAAUCCGUACUUCGUGCCCGCCGCCAUGCAGGACGAGAUGAUCAACUACACAAAGUCAUUCUACGAGCAUUUCGUGCGAGCUCCAGCACCAGCCAGCUGAAUUUCAUAGGUAUUAAUAUUGAAGGAAGAUAUGCCCGCUUAAACGCUCUUUGUAAAUAUUGCUAAAAUAAACUAAUGCAUAGAUUCAUUGUAUUUACAGAACACUGCAGUGCUAAAAAGUGCGGCAGAGGUUCCCGCCAAUUCCUUCGACAGACAACAUUAUUUAUGAAAUAAACACGUAUUAGGUAUUCUAUAAGUA